CCGAAGGUGUCGCGAUGGUGGUAGGCAUCCGGGGACAUGGACGGUGGGACGGCCGAAACAACAACAGCCCGGAGUACCUGCUAGGGCUAACUACUUUAACUCGCUGCCGCACCCCUGUUUACGCAAGUAACUGUGUACUCCAGUACAUGGAGUAUCCGGAGGAGUCGAUCUGGCUGAAGGCAGUGUAGGAGAAGGUCGGUUGGUGCCAUAGUGGGAUGACAUUCGAACAUAGAUGGCGGCAUCCCGCCUCGAGAAUUUGGGGGUUUGAAAGUUUCUGUUGAAGAUUAGCAGACAUACAGUCCAAAGUCAAGCAUUCGUCCAGAAACAGACACUCAGACACACUUGCCCAACAUGAAGUUCUCCUUGUCCAUUGUUCUUGCUGCCUUUGCCCUGCAGUCCACUGCCCUCUUGGUGCCCAGGGACGCUCUUUCCUCAAACUUGGGCUCUGGUCUUGCACCUGGAGCUGCCAACAUCCUUCCUCUCGAGGUUCGGGCUGGCAAGGACAAGGGCAAGCACUCGCACGCCCAUGGAGUACGGCCCGACUUCCGCAAGCCGUGCAAGAGCUUGCCAUCGAACUGCCCCCCUUUCCUGAACCAGAAGGCCAUGUGCGAAUGCAAGGCCGCGGCAACAGUCGCUUCCUACUUGGAGUCCGAGAGAGGAUGCCCAAAGCCGUCUCAAAAGGCGUGCUGAUCCAGAGUGCGAUGUAAC